AUGACCUGGCAUGGGUGUCCUCAAGAGCUCUCCGCCAUCAAUUUCCAUCCAAGCAAUCUUGUAGUUCUCAAGCUUUCUUAUAGUUUCAUCACAACAGAGUGGGCUGGAUGGAGUCAAAUCAAGGUUGCCAAGAAGCUUAAAGUUCUGGAUCUCACACAUUGCGACAGCAUGACCAGGACUCCAAACUUCUCCGAUUAUUUGAGUUUAGAAAGAUUGAACCUUGAAAAUUGCCAAGGACUUAUUGAGGUUGAUGGUUCCCUCGGAAAGCUUAAAUGCCUGAUUUACUUCAAUUCGAAUGGGUGUACAAGUCUUGGGGAGUUGCCCGAAGGGAUCGGACUAUUGGAGAAGCUUAAAUACUUGUAUUUAGGCAAUUGCAAAAUGUUGAGUAAGCUACCCGAAUCAUUUGCGAGACUCUCAUCACUAGUAGAGUUGGAUCUCUCGAAUACGACUAUCACAAGAUUACCUAAUGCCAUUGGCAACCAAGAGUGCUUGUUAGUUCUUAAACUACAAUAUAAAGAAAUCAAUGAACUUCCUAGUUCUAUCCGGAAUCUACAAAAACUUAAGUUUCUUGUUCUAUCAUAUACUAAAAUAAGGGAACUCCCAGUGUCGAUUGGGAACUUGGAAUCAUUACUUGAGUUGGAUGUCUCGGAAACGCAAUGUUUACAGUUACCAGAAUCUAUUGGGAACCUAAGUAGAUUAAAAGUCAUCAACAUUUCGUAUUCUUUGAUGAGGGAGCUACCACAGCAUUGUUCAACUAAAAGAGUUGGAAGAGCUACAUGCUGGGAAUUGCCCGUGUUUGGAGUGGGAAAUUCCGAGGACAUUUGGAAAUUAUCGCUUUUGAGAGUUCUGCACUUGGAAUUAUCCCUUGUUAGAAAUGUUCCGGUGACAAUCAAACUACUUCCUUGUCUAGAGAAAUUGGGAUUAUGUGAUUGCAACAAACUCGAACUAUUGCCUGAGCUUCCCACAAGUUUGAUAAGCCUAAGCCUCGGAUCAAGUUCGUUGCAAUGGAUCCCGGAUCUCUCAAACCUCACUGGAUUGGUGAAUCUUAGAUAUGGUGGUCAUGAUGAGAACUGGCGUUGUCUUUACUCCCUCGAUGGUCCAUGCCGACAAUCCCUUCCACCGUCUCUGUCAACAUUGUUUGCCCAAUAUCAUGAAUCAAUAGCUAGCUCAUCAUUUCAUUGCAACUUGGGAAAAUUGACACAUUUGUACAUUAGUCACUGUUUCUGGAAGGAAGUUCAACUCGAUGGGCUUGAACAGUUGAUAGAAUUUGAAGUGGAAGGAUUAAAACACCUUGAGGGAUUUGCGGGUCUUUUGAGUUUGAAGAGGUUGAAGCUGUUGAGGCUGAGCGAUUGCCCAAAUCUCACUAUGAUCCAAGGUCUUGGUUCAGUGGAGUCCUUGAAACAUUUGGAAAUAGACAAGUGUCCUAAGAUUGAAAGUCUAGAUGAUCUGUCGGAUUUGAAAAAGCUGGAGUCCUUGGUAAUUCGAGGAUGCGAAGAGCUUCUGGCACUUAAGGGCCUGGAUGAAUUAGAAACUCUCAAAUAUUUGGAAUUUGUAGGUUGCAUAUCACUAAGAAGUUUCCCAAAUGUACUCAAUUGGAAAUUAUCAGACGAGUGCUCACUAACUAUUUCCGACUGCCCGAAUUUAAGAGAUGAUUGGUUUGAAGAGACAGUCAGCAUGUACAAGCAAUGGAAACAUUUGAAAUUCAAGUCUCGCCUGUUACUAUGA